AUGAAGAAAAAAACAGACAGAAUUUUCGAUUUAAAAAAAAAGUGUGAAAUUCUGAUAGAGCACUUCUCUCAAAAAUUCGUUCUUGUUACAGACGUUUUCAACUUAGUGCCCACCAUCACAAAACUGAUGCUAUCGUACAACAAGAUCUACUUCAUUGCGAGUGGAGCCUUUUCCGAUAUGAUCUCGCUCGAAGAGAUCGACUUGGGCGGCAAUAAGCUCACAUACUGGAACCGCGAAUGGUUCCAAAACUGCCCCAACCUACAGGAUAUCAGUUUCUUCGGCAACAAAUUCUCCACUAUCCCGAGAAGAGCGUUUGUAUCGCUGCCGAAGCUCAGUGUCAUCACAUUCGGAGGAAACAAGAUCGCCACCAUCAAACCUGGUGCCUUCCAAAACUUGAAAAACCUAACUGGUCUAAACUUGGAACACAACGGGCUUACAGUGCUCGAUGAACGAGCGUUCCCCAACAGAAUAUAUAUCAAGAGUCUGUAUAUCAAUAACAACCAUCUCAACUACUUGUCAAGCAAGCUGUUGAGGAAGUUAUAUGUUAGAGAAAUCAUCAUGGAUGAGAACCCCUGGAAGUGUCCGUGUCUGCAGCGGAUACACGACUGGCUGUACUUUGGCAGCGGCAGCGUAAAGGCAUCAGUGCAUCCCUGUAGAACACCUUACGACCCGAUUUGCGUAGUUUCUCUGGGUAACGCAUGUCAAGAAAGUGUCGAAGAAAUUAUGACGCAAAGGUACAUCAGAGUUAUGAGGAAUUUGACUAAGCCGUUGUGGGCAGCUUGUGUAUCUAUGUUCUCUUAGAUUGAAGUACAAUAUACGCGAAGGUACACCGUACAAAUGAGAAAUUUGACUGAGCCGUGGGGGAAAGUUCCUGUAUUUUUCUUCUCUUAGGCAGAAGAACAAUAUACGUGAAGGUACGGCACAUGAUCCAUUCAACUGAGCCGUUGAGGAACGCUUGUGUCUUUAUUUUCUGUCAGAUAGAAGAACAGUAUACGCGAGUGAAUAUCGGGCAUAUGGACUGAGCUGUUAGGGAAAGCUUGUGUGUUUUUCACUCAGACUGGAGUACAAUAUACGCGAAGGUACAUCGGACAUUGACUUAGCCUUCGGAGCAAGCUUGCGUUUUAUGCAAAUUUGUGGGAAGACUUGAGUCAGUCGGAAAGUUAUCAAGAUACAGAGGUGCUUGACCAGUAAGAAUUGGGAAUUCACGAAUUCCACUCUAUAUCUCAAAUAGGAACUAAGAAGACGGCUUCUUCGUCUUCCACAAAAAGUAUGACCGUACUGAAUGCAUGCAAGUAUCGAAAAUUGGGUACAAUCUGUGUACCAAUUUUCAAACUAAUACUGAUAAACAUUAUUCCCGAUAUCACAUAUAACAAAUAAAAUCGUUGAAGAGUAAUUUGGUAUUGGGUAUCAAAAUGUAAAUUCGGAUCUGUUUGUCGUACCCUAUCUAUUUUCUCUCCCAAAACAACAUCCUAAUAAUAGAAUUAUAGUAAUUAGGAGCUCAACGAUUAUCACCUUGUAAAAUCCUAGUGAUGAAAAGGAUAAUUAAAAACAUAGAUAAGAGAAUACAAACAGACGGACUAUUGUGCUGUGAUGCCAUCAUAUGUUGGGGGUAGGAAAAGAGCAUAGAACUGUUGGAAUUUCGAAUAUAAAGAAUUCUUCAUUUAUUUUCUCAUGGAUUAUGGAUCAUUGAAUGCUGUGAUUAUGUUGUUGAUGAUGAAUGUUCUGCAAGUUAUUCAGACACACCACACAGACUAUCGUACAAACGUCAACCAUCAAGUAAUAUU